GUAGCGGUGCUUCCGCUGAUGCGGCAGCUGCCUUAAGCGCAGGCUACAUGUGCAAGGAAGUACAAGGAGCGUUACUGGACCUGAAGAGCGAGGCGUAUGCCGAGAGCUUGUAUGAAAACCCGAGAAUCAUGGCCUACAUGGCCCGCCAACACGACAGCUGGUACACAUUCGCAAGGACCGAUCACCUCGUGGAGCCGGAGGACAUCGUCUUCGUCAGCGGCUGGGUAAAGACGCCGGCGAAUUGGGCGACAGCCGCCUUCAGAGACACGAGUAAAACACGCGAGGUGUCGCUCAAAGGUCAGAUAUGGCAGUUCGUCGGCCUUAAACUGUCCGCAUCGACGACCAAAGAGUAUUCCGGGCCUCCAAUGCAUAGGCAAGGGUCGAAGUAUCCGAAGCGCGCUGGUCGAAAUUCUACAAGGGACCAGUGUGUCUUCGUCAAGCGGAUCAAAAUCAAGAAGAGGCUCGGAAUAGUGCGAGUCCUUAUUGCUGGUGCCGGUCAUGAUAAACUGCCGCCCGGCAAUAGCGACCCUGAGACAGUGGCGGGAGUUGUUGCUGUGGAAGAGUUGUUAGAUACCGAGGACCUCGGCAACGGAGGAGCACUCUUCUCAGAAGGGCAGGGGAAAGCCAUCGAUCCUCUAGACGCCCUUCUUGAUUACAUUCUUGAGGUAUCUGGGGCCGACUGUGCCGUUGCACGCGACGAAGAUAUUGAAGCCAUGUUAGGAGGCGAUUACCCUCCGGUGGAUUUCUCUACGUAUCUUCGUAAAAGCCAGCCGCCCGUGGUAGUCGAAGACUCCCAGUACGGCUCGAUCUCCAUACCUAACCUGAUGUAUCGCGGAUGGGUCGAGUUGCAACAUCGGAGAAUUACAUCAUUGGACCUGCAAAAGUGGCCGUAUAUUAGGGAAGAGGGAUCCGGAGACCUCGUAUUUGGGCAAGUCCAACUGCCAAGCACGGAGAAACCAGGCGACCACAAGAUGUCGAAGUCCGCAUAUCUGGAGUUUGCUGACUCCACUGCCGGCGAUACGCAUAUGCCUUGCUUCACGUUGUCUGACGACGGAAAGCUGUUGGCGGCAUCCUGGCGAACUGUCGGCUCGGACAUCCUCGUCUGGCGGACAUCGGAUGGCCUAACGCUUCAGCAUCUUAGAGACCCAGAGUAUACAGACGGUGUCACUGCCGUUGCCUUCUCCCCAGAUGGCAGACGUCUGGUCACUGGGUCCGCUGACGAGACCGCGGUUAUCUGGGACAUCAGAUCUGGCAAACCCAUUAUGCGCUUGCGGGGACACACCUACUCCCUCACCGAUGUGGCCUUUUCCCCCGACGGUGUACGUAUCGUCACCGGCUCCGCUGACUAUGUCGUGAAGUUCUGGGAUGCCGCGACCGGGCUCCCGCUUUGCACGUUCUCGCUCGAUUCGCCAGUCCGCAAACUUGUCUUCUCAUCGGACGGCUCGCGGCUGGCAGUCAUGCUUGAAGACAAGAUCGCUCUCUACGAUGUCGGCGCACCCAUUGUGCAGCUCGGUGCCAUUCAUCACUACAACGUCACAGAUUAUCGUUCUGUCGCGUUUUCCCCGACAGGCGACCGGAUCUUUAUCUGCGCUCAAGGCCUUGUCGGUCGUCUUUACAACACCGACAGCUGUAAAGAACUCCUUCGACUGGAAGAGCCGAAUCGCAAGAUUGCCGUUGGGACCUUUUCUCCUGAUGGCAGUAGCGUGGCCAGCAUUGCUAGCGAGAAUCGCAGGUUCAUGCUGAUUGUUCAGGAUGCGUCAAAAGGAACCAUACGCUUCAAGGAGAGGAUCUGGGCAGGUGGAACCGCUGUUGCGUUCUCUCCAGACGGUACCCUUGUUGCCGCCGCCGGUGAAAUGAACGUGGUCGUCUGGAACAUGAAAUCGGGAGAGUUGGUCGCAGACCUCAGGGAGAUGCAGCGGGUAUCGGAUAUUAGAUUCCUUCCUGAUGGCCGGAGGAUUCUCUUUGUGGGACGCACGGACCGCAUGGGCAUUUGGAACGUCGCGGACACUUUACGGAUACGCUAA